UAAUUGGCUUAGAUAGGAAAUGCUGAGAUAAGAGAACACAGUCAACACGGCUGCCACUUCUACAGCUGAGAUGAUGCAAGAUUUUACCAGAUGGUAGACACAAAGUACGGCGCACAGCCCUCAGAGAAAGGGGCGUGCUGGUGGAGUAAGAGGACAGCUAUGGGAAGAUUCCGAGUUAUAGAAGGCUAGAAGGUGAAAAGGAGACAUCCUUGACCACCAUGAGUCUACCUCAGUGGAUUACCUCCAUCUUUCAGCCUCAGAGACCAACGUCUUGCCACCUACAUCUCUUAAAUGAAUACCAACCGCUCCAAACUAUGAACCUUGAAGAGUUGGCCAAGCCUGGACCCAUUGGUGAACCCAGUCUGGAUUUAAUAUUCAAUGAGAGUAUUUCUGAUCUAGGAGGAAAGGAAAGUAUUCUGCUUGUAGGGGAGGCAGGAUAUAGCCCCGAGAACGCCGAUAGGAACCGAGGAAUUUUGGGAGAACUCUCUUUUGCUCUCUUUGGGACUCCGAAGAAUAAUGUAGAAGUCCACGAAGGGUCUAGUAACACCCGUAGCUGUGUCACCUCGAAAUCCCGGAUGCUCGAUUAUCCCGUCGUUCUAGCGGUUUUUCUAGACGCGUUAUUAAUGGACGUGGCAAACAAAACCCUGGUGAAGGAGGUUUUGAAAGACGUCCAGUUGAGGACCAGGGAUUCAAGAUCAGCCGUGGUUGGUAUUGUCCUGACACGUGAACCUGCUCAAGAAGAUAUAAAUACGGGACCCCAAGAGAAGCUGGCUGAGUUGAUGAGUCAAGUAUUUAGGAGGCAGUCUUGGGGAGUUUGCUGCUAUAUCAGCCUUCAGCCAAAGUCCAUCCACGAGGUGAAGUGGACCAUCAUAAAAACGCUGGGAGGAACAUUUAAAGGUGAGGAUGUCUACUCAGAAUAUCAAAAUUGUGAUCUGGUUGGCUUAUUUCGGGAUCUCGUCUACCAGCUUGGAGGUAAAGAAAGGUUUUUGCUCUUGGGUAACAUCUGUCCAUCUCUCAGUCCAUCCAGAAAAGUUGGCGUUUUUAGUGAACUUACAACUGCCCUUUUCGGCGACAUUGAGGACUCCGGUAUGUCAGCCAGUCAGCAGUCAGGACUGACAUAUGUCAGGACUGGGAUGUCCUCCAAUGAGUGUGCCAAGCUCCCCGCGCCGAGGUCUUUUCCAUACCCGCUCAUCCUGGUGGUCUUCCGUUCCAGCUUCCUGAAGGAGGAUUCCAACAAAGCCCAAGUGAAGGAAAUUCUGGUUGAUAUCAAGAUGAGGGUUGAAAAGUCUUCUACACAAGUGGUGGGCAUCCUGUGUAGCCAGGAUCCUCUGGGUGAACCCGAACAAACAAAGCUUGAGUUACUUCUUCAGAAGGUCCUCUGUCAGGUGUUCAACUGUUCCACCGCAGUCUGUAGCUUUGUAAGGACCAAACCAGAGUCAGUGGACCAAGUCAAGAGAUGUGUGUGCGAUAUCCUCAAGUAGACAACCUGAACCUGCGAAGGAACUGCAACAGCCGAUGAAUGGCACAUUAAAGGAUCAUUUAGAACUCUACCUCUAUCUUAAAUAACCAUGUUAUAAUUUUAUAAAAAAAAUCUCCAUUUGUAU